CAAAAUGGCUGCGUCCAUACAACGGUUUGGAGGAAAGUUCCAGAUUCUGAAGAAAGGGAGAUCAUGGGUGCAAUGCUUAGCCCGGUUCUCCAGCUCAGAUAAGAGUAAAGAUGGUGAGCAUAAAAUGGAAGCAGAGGAUUUGCCCAACCCAGUGCGAAACACUGAGAAAGAGUAUUUUGACAGAAUCAGAAACCCCAACAGAGAUUUUGCUAGUGAACCUGGACCUUUUGAUUCAAAAUACUACUCCCGAAAGCAGGGCAUCACAAAGGAGCUGUUUUCAUGGCUGCAUUGGGACUUCAACAUAAACGAUACUGAGGAUAUUGCUGCAUUCCUGAAGAAGAAACGCUAUGAACACUUAAAGGAUAGCCAAAGAUAUUUGCAAGAGAGACACGAUGCCUUAGGACCUGAGCUGGCCGGUGCUCACUUCGUACUGGCCCAAGGGGGAGCAGUCAAAUUCUGGAAUAGAGAUACUUGGAUCCGAAAGGAUGCUCAAGGCAGAUACUCUUUACCUCGCAGCUAUGUGGAGAACCUCUAUGUUGAAGCCAUUGACGUCAGUAAUACAGAUUUCACCUAUGUAGCUUUUGACAAUAUAGGACAACUAAGUCAGCUGCGUUACCUGAACCUGAGCAAGUGCAAGUACAUCGACGACUGGAGUCUGGCUCGUCUCCAACGCCUGAGUCAUAGUCUGGAGUUCUUGGACAUAAGUGACUGCCCCAGGGUCACUGACUGGGGACUGGCCUCAUUACAGUGUCUCAGAAAAAUGCAAGGCCUGAGAGUGGUGAACUUGCCAGGGGUCAAGUUCCUGGGACUGCUCACUUUACUGCUGGAGGAGCAAGUCCCGGGACUCAAGAUGCUGGGGGUCACCGAGGCCGACCUCCAACCUCCGGCCUUUCUGCAGCGUGGGGAGCGUCGCUUGGUCCGGGCCCUGCUGGGGAUGAUGGACAAGGACAAGAGUGACCCUGAUGAGGAGCGGAUGGAGUUUUCGGGGCAGUACAGUCAUGACGGGUUUCAUAAGUACAACCGUGCCAUUAGGAAAGUGGACUGGUGAAGUAGGUGAAGUCCAGACAAAGACAAGAGGCCAUAUUAUGAUACAGUGGAGUCUACUGAAACCAAAACCUGUGGGACAGCCAGAUUUUCUUCAGUUAAAAGGGGUUGUUCAAAUAGAGGGGUAAAGAAUCAGGGUUUUCAUUUUCAUUUGGUUUACCGCUGUUUUCGGAUUAACCGUGUUCAGUUAUACCUUUGACUGCUGACUUUAAAUUUUAAAGGUUAAAACACCAGUCAGGUAGGCUACUUGAAAUGUUUAAUUUCACCUACAGUGAAAACAUACAUAUGCAAAACCAUUGAUUUUCUUUAAAAAGGAUGCUUGAAGUAUAUAAAAACAGGGUGGCCAGGGAAAUCUUCCUCCUAAAAAUCUUACCACACCAAAAAACAAACAAAAACUACCACUAUCCUCACCGUCACCGAAAAAAAUUAUGUAUAUUAUAUAUAUGAUUUAUAAAAUCUAGAAUAAAAUCAUGAAAUAUAAUGCAGUGUCACUGAAUUUAAAGCUCUAAUAUUUAUAAUCAAAGCUCACCUUAACUCUUUCCCUCUGGAAUUUUUACCCCACUCUGGACGAAAUUAAUUCAAGGCACAGUGGGGAAUGCUAGAAUGAUUUUUUUUAAAUGUAUUUUUGUUGGUUGAUAGCAAAAUAAACCUCUAAGUG